CUCCACCACCCGUCCCAAGGGUUCUGGUUUGGCACGGUGCAGGAGAGCAGCGCCGAGGACUAUGUGAGGCAGAGCUUCCCGGAGAUGCACGAGUACAUGCGGCGCUACAACGUCCCUGCCACCACCGACGGGGUGGCCUACCUGAAGCACGAUCCAGAGAAACUUGAUGCCUUCAUCAUGGAUAAAGCACUCUUAGAUUAUGAAGUGUCAAUAGAUGCUGACUGCAAGCUCCUAACUGUGGGAAAACCCUUUGCCAUUGAAGGAUAUGGCAUUGGUCUUCCCCCCAACUCUCCGCUCACCUCAAACAUCUCUGACCUGAUCAGCCAGUACAAAUCCCAUGGCUUCAUGGAUGUUCUGCAUGACAAGUGGUACAAGGUUGUUCCCUGUGGAAAACGAAGCUUCGCCGUCACGGAGACACUGCAGAUGGGGAUAAAGCAUUUCUCAGGGCUCUUUGUGAUGUUGUGCGUUGGCUUUGGUUUGUCCAUUCUCACCACCAUUGGGGAACACAUCGUGUACAGACUGGUCCUGCCACGAAUCAAGAAGAAAUCCAAGAUGAAGUACUGGCUCCAUACCAGUCAGAGAUUACAUCGUGCUCUGAACAGUUCAUUUAUUGAGGAAAAACAUCAGCCUAAGAAAAAACGAGUAGAAAAGAGGGCCCAUGUGGGGAACAGCCAGCAUGCAGUGUGGAACACAGCCAAUCUGGGCAACUGCCACCGAAAGAAAUACAUCUGCACUGAUGAGGGGCAAAAUGAGGUGACAAUCCAUCAGCACCAGGACAUCCCCCUGCCACAGGGGAGGAGAGAGCCUCCGCCUUCCUUAACCACCAAUGGGAAAGCAGAAUCCCUCAACACUGCGAGGACCUCAGUGCUGCAAGAGCUGACAGAGCUGGACAAGCAGAUCGAAAUCAUCAAGCAGGAGCUGCAACUUGCCAUGGAUAGGAAAUCAGAGCUGGAAGAGUAUGCACGGACAAACAGAACUGCAGAGUCCUAGGCCAGAAUAUCUGUGCCCUUCCCCUUUUCUUCCUUUCCCCCUUUCCUCUGUAAAAUUUGUAACACACUUUUGUAAUGCCAGAAAGGGGUGCAAAA